UUAGGGGUUAAAAAAAAAAACAAGAAAACUCGUUUGAUUUUCUCCGUGGUUCGUCGUAUUUGGUCUUUCGGGUGGAUCCCUCGAUCGGAAAUUUCUCAUUCAUGGCAGCGAUUUACAGUCUUUACAUUAUCAACAAAUCUGGUGGUUUGAUAUUCUACAAGGAUUAUGGAUCAAAGGGGCGAAUGGAUACUAAUGAUAGCUUGAGAGUAGCCAGUUUAUGGCAUUCGAUGCACGCUAUUUCUCAGCAGCUAUCCCCUGUUACCGGUUGUUCUGGAAUCGAACUCCUUGAAGCCGACACCUUUGAUCUCCAUUGCUUCCAGUCUCUUACAGGAACGAAGUUCUUUGUGGUUUGUGAGCCCGGAACUCCAUACAUGGAGAACCUCUUGAAGUACAUAUAUGAGCUAUAUACUGAUUACGUACUGAAGAAUCCGUUCUACGAAAUGGAGAUGCCCAUCCGGUGUGAGCUUUUCGACAUCAACCUUACGCAGGCUGUUCAGAAAGACCGUGUCUCAUUGUUAGGACGAUGAUCAUCUUUCUUGGGGAGAUUGCCUCUUGCCCUCUGAAUUACUCUCGUGAUCAUCCAUCUUGUUCUCUUUAAGUUCUUUCAUGGGGAGAUUGCCUGUUUUUUUUUUCGUGUGUUUUUUCCGUGAGGGGUUGCAUUCACAGAUUCUCGGUUAUGGUUAAUGCAAUCAUGAUCAUGUAAACGUUUGCAAGAUCGAAUACAAAAGCCUAGUUACAUGUUCAAGAA